AUGAAUUCUCAUAGGGUGAUCCUGGAGAGAAAGGAGAACCUGGCUAUAUGGGCGCUAAGGGGUGACAAGGGCGAUACAGGUCCGAGGGGUGCCAAAGGCUACGUUGGGCCUGACGGAGGACCGGGUAAAAACGGAUACGACGGCUUACCAGGAGCAGCUGGACCUAAAGGUAACCAAGGGCCGAAAGGAAUGAUGGGUGAUACUGGACCAAGAGGUAUGAAAGGACCCAAAGGUAGAAUUGGUCCUGACGGUUUCAUUGGCAGACCGGGAGGCAGUGGUGUAGGCAGGUGUAUAGAUGGCAAACAAGGUGAAAAAGGAGACAACGGAUUUUCUGGUCUCACUGGCGAUACAGGUUUUGAGGGAUUUCCUGGUAGUCCAGGUUUUAACGGAAGGCCUGGAAAUCAAGGACCACCAGGCCUGCCGGGUGAUUCCAGUGGGCCGGGUUCCAAAGGAGAUAUAGGAAAUCCAGGUCGCUCCGGCUCACCUGGUAGGUCGGGUCUAAUAGGCUAUCCUGGUCCUAAAGGUCAACCGGGUGAAAAAGGAAAUCCAGGGUUAUCUGUUCCAGGGCAGCCAGGUGCUGAUGGACUGCCAGGGAGACCUGGACAAUAUGGACCAAAAGGUAGAAUAGGUGUUCAGGGCAUUCGAGGACAACCAGGAGAAACAGCCGACGGCUGGAUAGGUCCACGCGGGCUGAAAGGUCCAAAAGGAUUAAGGGGUCCAAAAGGUUAUUCCGGUGACGUUGGAGUUCCCGGAUUAAAUGGACAAAAAGGUGAGCACGGACGUCCCUGUGCAACGUGCAUUCCAGGACUACCCGGAAAAAAAGGUGAGCUCGGUCUAGAAGGUCCCCCAGGAGCAGCGGGACCCAGAGGUAAAAUUGGAAUAGUAGGAGAUCCAGGAUUGCCGGGAGAGUCAGGAAGGAAUGGUGCAAAAGGUCCUGAUGGUAUUCAGGGUAAACCUGGAAUAGAUGGAGAGCCUGGAUUGAAGGGCGAACAUGGAGAUGAUGCCGAUCAGAUCGCAGUGAAAGGAGAGCCAGGUGCUAAAGGUUUUAAGGGACGCGUAGGCUUUCCUGGCAAAGACGGGGCUCCAGGUAAACUUGGUCUAAUGGGAAUACCCGGAAAUCCUGGAGUUCCUGGUCCGCCGGGACAAAAAGGAGAUAUUGGGAUGAAAGGCAAUCCCGGAAGGCCAGGAAACGACGGACUGCCCGGUUCGCCGGGACAACAGGGCGACAAAGGGAUGGGUCAAGUCGGUAGGAAAGGUGAGAAAGGGGCACCUGGAUACCCCGGAAGAAAGGGAAAUAUAGGAGACCGAGGCUCAGUGGGAGAACCAGGACAGGUCGCCUUGAUAGAACCAAGAGGAUUGCCUGGCGACCCCGGAGAUUACGGUUACAUUGGAGGACCUGGAAUGCCCGGUGUCACUGGAGAUAAAGGAGACCGAGGAGUAAACGGAAUGCCCGGUCCAACUGGCCCUGCUGGUUUUCCAGGUCUUCCUGGAAGAAAGGGUGAGAUAGGGCUUCCUGGAGCUAGAGGCGAUUAUGGAGUGCGAGGUUCGCCAGGACCCGUGGGUGAUCCAGGUUUUCAGGGAGAGAAAGGAGGUAAGGGUGUACCUGGCGACAAAGGAGAAGCGGGUGAUCCCGGCCCUACGCGUGUUGUCACACCUGACGAAUGCAAAGGUAGUCCGGGUCUUCCGGGCCCGCCAGGUGCCCUGGGAGUCAGAGGCGCUGAGGGACCUAAAGGCAUGAAGGGCGAACCUGGUAUAAAAGGAGACCUAGGCCCAGUGGGUGAUCCCGGAUUUGUCGGAUCUCCUGGAUUACCUGGAGAAAAAGGAGAUAGCUCUAUGGUCUAUGCCGGAGUUAAAGGUUUACUUGGCGUUCCGGGUAGACCCGGAUUAGUCGGACCGGUCGGAUUGAAGGGAUUUCUAGGUGAUCCAGGCCAGCAAGGUCAGCCAGGCUUGCCCGGAGCUUUUGGACCUGUUGGACAACCCGGAUUUCCAGGAAUGAAAGGUGAUGAGGGCUUCCCUGGUAAAUCAGGACUGCCUGGUCCCAACGGAUUAUCUGGAGAGAAAGGUAACAAAGGACCUCGAGGUUUGACCGGAGUUUCUGGCUUUCCGGGCGAGAAAGGAAACCCUGGAGUGCCUGGUGAUAACGCUGCAUUAGGUGCAAAAGGAAGAACUGGAUCACCCGGACCACCUGGGACGCGUGGACUUCCAGGGAUGAAGGGCAACCCUGGUCUUAAUGGCCUACCAGGACAGAAAGGUGAGCAGGGACCAUCGUCUCCUCCUGGUCCCAAGGGCGAUCCAGGACUUCCCGGACCCAGUGGUCCACAAGGAAUUAAAGGAUCACCCGGAAGGCUAGGAGGCAAAGGUCAACCCGGUAAACCAGGAACACCAGGAUUCGCCCAGCCAGGCCUUCAAGGUCUACCAGGUGAUCCUGGUUUUCCAGGAAUCUCGGGGUUGAAGGGAUUUGAUGGAUUGAGUGGAGACGAUGGUUUACCCGGAAUGAACGGUCGGAAAGGAGAGAAGGGUAACAAGGGAUUUCCAGGACAAAAUGGAAUGCCCGGAAAUAACGGAACAAACGGGAUUCCAGGGGACAAAGGCAUUAAAGGCAUACAGGGUUUACCCGGACAGGUAGGUCCACAAGGGGAUGCCAGGGAUACAAUUAUUCCUGGUUUACGAGGCGAUCCAGGAGACAUGGGACCUAAAGGAUAUCCCGGUCCAAAAGGAGCUAAAGGUCAAGCUGGAAUCCCCGGACUUCCUGGACAAAUAGGAAAUCCUGGAUAUCCUGGUAUUUCGGGCAAGCCAGGAACCACUGGCGCGAAAGGAGACUCUGGACCUCCUGGAAUGCUAGGCAUUCCUGGACCGCCCGGCAUCAGAGGAGCACCCGGAGAGAAUGGUUUUCCUGGGCCUAAGGGACUUGAUGGCGAACCUGGAGCCGUUGGACCAGCUGGUAAAUCAGGAAAUCCAGGUGCUAAAGGUCCGGCGGGCUUGCCAGGAUACGGACCUCCUGGCGAUGAGGGCAUUCCAGGCAGAAAUGGAGUAGACGGUCUCAGAGGACCCAAAGGAGAUGAAGGGCCUCCCGGUCUGGACGGUAUGAGAGGAGCGAAGGGAUAUCCUGGACAGCCAGGUCAGCUGGGCGAGAAAGGAAAUAAAGGAAUCGAUGGACCACAAGGAGCCAAAGGAGCGAUUGGUAAACCUGGAGUUCAGGGAGUCCCAGGCUUUCCGGGCAAAGUUGGACCCCCUGGAGAUGUGGGAGACAAUGGACCUCCUGGAUACAACGGGAUUACCGGAACAACUGGAUUACCUGGAAAGCAAGGACCUCCUGGACCAGCCGGAAAUCUCGGUGUAACGGGAAGAACAGGAAUGGAUGGCUUGCCGGGCGUGAAAGGGAAUGUGGGACCAGUGGGACCUCUCGGACCACCCGGAAUUCCAGGUAUCAAAGGUUACCCAGGGCCUGGUGGAGAUCCAGGUAGAUCCAUAUCAGUGAUGCCAGGUCUCCUAAUCAAGGGGGACAAAGGUGCUCCCGGAACUCCCGGCCCCCCUGGGCCAAACGGUAAACCCGGACUUAAUGGUGAUCCUGGAUUUCCGGGACCAUCCGGUCUGCCAGGAGAUGAGGGACAGGUGGGAUUGCCAGGAUUACCCGGAUCCAAUGGACUACCCGGAGUGACGGGUCCUCAGGGUCCCAGAGGAUAUCAAGGACCAAGAGGGCCCAACGGCAGACCAGGUAAUCCUGGAUUUCCCGGAAAUCCAGGAGCGGUUCUAUCGACGGGAUUAACUAUUGUAAGACACAGUCAGACCAUGGAAAGCCCUCACUGUCCCUCUCAAGGUAGAGUCCUCUGGACUGGAUACAGUUUGUUGCAGUUCAGGAAUAAUGAAAAAUCUCUUAACCAGGAUUUAGGGGGCCCUGGCUCCUGCCUCCAAGUCUUCAGCACGGCACCAUUCCUCUUCUGUGACUCUAUGAAGACGUGCAACUACGCCUCUCGCAACGACAGAUCCUUCUGGCUGUCGACCGCCGAGGCCCUGCCCAUGAUGCCCGUUACUGGCAGCGAGAUUUCUAAAUAUCUCAGCAGGUGCGUGGUGUGUGAGGUGCCUUGGAUCGCCAUGGCCAUCCACAGUCAGACAAGGAACGUUCCCGACUGCCCGCCCGGUUGGAGCAGUCUCUGGAUCGGUUACAGCUUCUUCAUGCAAGCCGCGGGUCGUAGUGGUACCGGCCAGCAACUAUCUAGUACGGGCUCCUGCCUCGAAGACUUCAGAACCACCCCCUUCAUCGAAUGCAGCACCGAACGCGGCAGCUGCCACUACUACCCUGACAAGGUCAGCUUCUGGCUCUCGGCAUUUGAGCCCUACGAACAAUUCGAAAAGCCGCAACACAAUAAAUACCAGGGCGGAAAUCUUCGAGACUACGUCAGUCGGUGCCACGUCUGCGCUAAAGAUACAUUAAGAUAAAUUUUAUUUUUUAAGUUAAUUAAUUGGUAUAUUAAUAAUUAAUUGAUAGAUUGAUCGAUUGAUUGAUUGAUUGGUUGGUUGGUUGGUUGGUUGAUUUUGAUUGAUUGAUUGGUUAAUAACUAAUUCAUUAAUAGUUCAUUGAUUGAUUAUUUUUAAUUAAUUGAGUGGAAAAAUUAUAAAUAGUUGGUUGAUGUUUGACUAGCUGGCUGGCUGGUUUAUUACGUUGUGUGAUUGAAUCGUUUGUGGUGAUUAAUUUGAAUAGUGCCUUUAUUUUGUUUUUUAUUCAGAUUUUUCCAUUUUAUCAUUUAAAAAACAAUUUGAAAACAAAUGAUAAAAUAUAAAUAUACGAACGAUUUUAGCAUUUCAUUGCUGUCAAGAAAAUAGUUUUUUAGCACCUUACCAUCGUCAUAGUAUAUGCACACGUACAUAUGUACAUCGUAUGGUAUACAUUUAUAUAAGUAUAAAUAUACACUGGUAUAUGUGUAUGUGUUUAUUUGUGUGUGUAUGUCUAUGUGUGUGUGAUAUAUGUGUGUGUGUUUAGAAGGCAUACAAAUCAUAUAUAAACGAAUUAUUUUAUCUUAAAUUUUAAAAAAGUGAUCAACUUAUUGGUCGGUUGGUCGUUUAAAACUGAAAUUAUUUUUUCAUAUGAAAGAAAAAAAUAUAAAUCUUAGAGUCAGACAAACAUACAUGCAUUUAGUUAUAAUAUAUUAUUACAUCAAAUGAGAUCAUAGUUAAUGUUGUUGCUAGCAUUAUUAUCGAUGUUAUUAAUGUUAUCAUCAUUAUUAUCGUUGUUAUGAAUGUGAUUUUGUGUGUGUAUAUAAAUUCGUUUAUAUAUGGUUCUAAUAAAAUGGUUAUGAAAUGAUUUUAUUGAUUUUUAUAUCAAAUUAAUUUUCAAUUUCAUUAUCACAGAAAUUCGCUAAGUAAUAUUAAUGAGUGGUCAUUGGCGCCAAUGAGGAGUUAUUAUUUUUAAUAUUAAUGAGUUAAUAAGCAAUUAUGUUAAUGAGAAGUCAUUAAUAUUAAGUAGUUAAUAAGCAAGUAGUUAAAAAGCAAUUAUGUUAAUGAGAAGUCAUUAAUAUUAACAAGUUAAUAAGCAGUUAUGUUGAUGAGAAGUCAUUAUUAAUGAUAUAUUUUUAUUUGACAUUAAUGUAAUGUAAUUGACGUUGGCGAAUUCAACCAAUAUACAUUUAAAACUUCGCUUAUGGAUUCGCGUCGAUUUUAUUCUUAAAUAUUCAUUGUUUAUGAAUUAAAUAAGAUUUAAAUAAAUACUCUUGCUAUA